UGAACGGUAUGUAAACAAAUAAAUCUGUUAAAAGUUACAAUAGAGUUUUACACAAAAUUCACACAAAUGUUGACGAAGAAUGAAAGAUUUUUUUAAUGUGCUUGUUUAUGCAAAAAUGCAAUAAUAUAACGCGAUAUGGAAACUAAGCGAUAAUUCAAACUUUUGUAUAAUAUGGACGAAUUGAAAAAGGCUGAACUGCAAAAAAGACGCAAACAAAGGAUAUUACAGGUACGGGAACAGUCAAAAGUUAUUGCUUCAGAAUUGCGUGACAAAGUCAAUUCUGAAAAGAAACGAAAAGCAGAAGAAUUUGCCAAAAUAAAAUGCAAGGAGUUGAGAGAAUGGCAGGAACAACAAUUAAGAGAUAUGAAAAACCAGUGCUCUAAAAAUUAUUGUGAUCUUGGUAAUGCUCAUAAAGCAGCUGAAGCUGAAGUUGAUCCACGAGAAGUUUUGAAGGAUAAUAAAACAAAACGAGAUAAUAUUGCUCAAGCAAGAGGAAAGGAAGCUAUGAAAAAUUUGAAAGAAGAAAUAAUACAAAAACAUUGCAAACAGAAAACAAAACAGAAAACUUUCAGAUCUGUUCCUACCUCAAAUGUACCCAAAAUAAAAAUCACACAUAUUAUUAAAAAAGUUAAGAAAUCUGCAAUAAAAGAUGACUGUGUUUGUUAUGAUGAUCCAGAAGUUGAAUUGGGCACAAUAAAUCUUGAUAAAAAUGCUUCUGAUCCUGUUGAAAACUCAUUGUUGAAAACAGAUGAUGAUCACAAUGGACAUUAUACAAAUUCCAUAUCUAACAAAAAUGGAGAAAAAGUUUCACAUACUCCUUACUUAUCUGAAUUGAGACACAAUGGUUGGUUUUGUCAAUGUUGCAAAAUGCAACGAGAUGUUGGUAUUCAAUGUUUAUGUCCUAAAACAUCAUAUGAGGAUGAUGAUAAAGAAACAUCAUCAGAUGCAAUCUCUCUUGAUAAAGACGGUUCUGAAGCAAAUAAUUAUUUCACACAAGUCAGUGAUAGAAUAAAAUCUAGAAAAAUCAUUGAUGUUCCAAGCUUAAAAGUAAAAUCAUCUGUAUAUAAUCCUCAGAACUUUUCAGAUAAUGUUUUACACAGAAACGACUCUGAUCUUUCAGAUGAUUUUUGUGAUAAAAUUAGACAACCAAAUCCAAGACGACAAAAUAUAAUUAGCAGUCCAAAUAAAGGAUGCAGAGAAAAAAGUCCUAUUGCAAAAAAAAUAAAUAUAAGCCAUGGAGAUUCAAGUCCAAUUAGAAAUCAACAUGAUAUAAAUCCUCAAGUUAGAAAACAUACAGAUAUUGGUUCACCUAAAAAGCAAAGGGGCGUAAAUCCAGAAUCUGAAGAAUAUAGAGCUAUAAGUCCUUUAACUGCAAUAUCAGCAAAAAUUCAUGAUGGCAUAAUAUGUGCUAAAAAUUGCUUGGAAGACAUUGAACCACAGGUUUUGGAAUUGCAGAAAAAUGUACAAAGCCUAGAAAAAUCUUUUUCAGAAAAGCCUGUGAUACCAAUUUCUCCAAUAAAAUCUGUUAAACACACCAAUUCCAGAAUCAGUUCAACCACAGCAGAUUUGCCAAAAGUGAAAUUAUAUGAUUGCAGCACAAAAUAUGAAGCAACAUAUAGGCCAUCUUCAAAUCCGGUAGAGAAAGUUGAUUCACACUUUUCAAAUGCUCAUGAUGUUGCACAAAAGGAGAGUGAAAACUUUGAUAAGGAAAUCUCACAAAAGGCUCAGAAAAGAAGAGAUGCUAUGGCCAAAUCAAAAAUAAGAAGUCGUGAAGCUCUCAAUCAAGCAAGAAAUACGAAAAAUUUAGAAAAUAUUAACAAAUGUUUUGAAUCAUUGGCAUUACUUGAAAGGGAAACUGAUACUUGCCAGAAUCCAAGUUUAUAUAAUCCUUUAUCAUAUAAAGAUAUGAAUAAUCAAAGGCAAGAAAGGAUUGAUGAGGCUUUUAGUAAUAUGUUAGACAAAAGUAAAAAGGCUUCAAAAAAUGUGAUUACUUUAGAUAGAGUUCGAUCAAAUAAAUCCGUCGGAAGAAAAACCCCUGGAAACAAUUUUACUAAGUCUUCCUCUUAUUCGAAAGCUGGUAUAGAGAAAAAACAAUCUAGUCUCAAUGUUGCAAAUUUAGAUAGAGAUAGUAUUUGCAAUAAAAAGAUUAUUGAUAUUUGUUGUGGAGAUGAUAAAAGCUCUACAACAAGUAGUAGUAUCAUAUUAGGAAAUCUAGAUCACAAAAAUAUAGAAAACCAAGACUUAAAGGAAUUAUUAGAGCGAGUAAAACGUCAGAAACAAAUGCUUUUAGAAGAGGUCCCAAAAGAAAAUUUACCACAGGACAGUAAACUUAAUGAUGUUCUAAUCGCAAUGGAAAAAAGUUUAUCAGAUCCCUUGGAAGAAUCGCAUAAAAAGACCGAAAUUUCAAGUAAAAUUGAUGAUGCUCAGAAAAUCAAAAAACAAAAGAAAAAGCUUGCAAAAAAAGAGGAAGAAUUAAAACUUAAAGAAUUACAAUUAGAUCUGUUGAUGCAAAAGUAUAAACUAAAUGAGUUAGAACAAAAAACAGAAUCUGGCAAACAUGAACACAAAGUUUCACAACCAGAAAAUAUUCCAAUAGAAAGUUCUUCUGUGAUCCCAAUUGCAGAUACAAAACAUGAAAUUCAAGGCGAGGUGAUCGACAAACAGUCUUCAGAUGGAUUGGAAAUUGUAAUCCACGUGAAAGAUAAAUCCAAUAAGAAAAUCGCGCCGGUUACAAAAAAAUUUUCAGUUCAAACAAGAGGGCCAAGUGUUAUUCAGAAACACAAAAAAUCCAAAACAAGAGUAAAUAAAAGUAAGAUAUAUUCACCUAUGAAGAAUUCCUCCUAUUCCUGUUCUAGUAGUUCUACUAGUUAUUUGAGCCCUCCUGCUGAAUUAACUAAUGUUUCAAAUUUUCAAAAUAUUUCUCAAGCUUUUGUGAAUGACUAUACUAGCGAACAAUUUCAGAGACAAACUAACAAAGAAAAUUUCAUUUCUGCUAAAUCACCAACAAAAUCAAUUACUUCAUCUAGAUUUGAUAGAACAGCUAGGAAAAAAGAAAAACCUAAGAUAAAUCCAUUAUUGGCAAGUUACAUAAACAGGUUACUAUUGAUGGAUAGGAAUAGCAUAGAUGCGCUGACUGUCAGCUCUUGUUCAGAUGUCCCAACGCCAAGUGAUUCCAUAAUUAAUAUUCCAUCCAAUACAGUUGAUGAUAAGUUUAAAAUAAACUCAUUUGAAAAAUCUGAUAUUGAUACAACUCCAGUGAUUAAUAUUGAGAGUACUCCAAGUAAUUUUAACACAAAACGAAAACAUGUUGAGUUGCGCAAAAGUGUGCAGGCAGUGGAAGAAACGCCGAAACAUCUAAUAACUUUGCACAAUAAAGGAAUUCAAGUAUCCACAACACAUAACAGUUCUUGUGAAGAAUCUCCUUCACCAAGCUUUUUUAAAUCAAACGAACAAAGUCCUGAAAGCUUAGAUAAAAAUGAAGGCAUGCAAGAUUUUACUGAAAAUUGUAAUAAACGAAUAACUGAUUUAACAAAUCUUAUUAAUAAAGUUAGACUAGAAAAAAUGAAGUUGCUGGAGUGCAGUAUAUCUUCUAGUGGCAGUUGUGGACAAAAUUCAACUGAGUAUCUAGAGUUACCCAGCCAAAUUCAACCUGCUGAAAUUGUAGAUCGAGGUAAUCGUGAUGACAUAAACAGAACUGCAGAGGGUUUGAAACAUAUCUCUCAAGAAACACCACCGCAGAUGGAAAUAACUGAUGAAUUAGUGACAGUGGAAACAAUUGAUUUUACUCCCAUGUUACAAGAUAUUCCAAAACCAUCUGCAAUGCAAAAUGUUAUUGCUCAUCAACCAUUUGGAAAUAAUAAUAAGAAUAUUGAACAUGACUUGACUGAUUUACGUCAAAAUAUGGUUGGUAUUAAUAGCCAGUUAGUCAAUUUAGAGAAUUAUAUGGAAAAAAUUCAUGAAUAUAUUGGAGAUGUUGUCAAACAUAAGCCAAAACCUCCAGUAUCAUUGUUAAGGCAGAUGAAGAACAAUGUAAAUAUAGAUACAGCACAAGCUCAUGAAUUAUCUGCUAUAAUGGAAGUUGAUACUAAAGUUUCCGAAACCGCUGUUGAAAUAGAGGCUGUACAAGACUCAGUCCAAGAUGUUGACAUUGAACAAAAUUCUAAUUCUUUAAAAAUGACUUUUCAAGGAAAAUCUCAAACACAAGAUAGUGGUGAUUCUGUAACCUUUGGAAGCCAAAUAAAAAAUUUAUUUGACAACACAGAUAUUAAUAUCACUUUAAAAAGUCCAAGUAAAUUUCAAAACACAUCUGCAGAUAUUAACUUAGAAGUUAAGCCAUUUCCAACCUUUGAAGAAUAUUAUAAAAAAUUAAACUCUAAAAAGGAUGUAUUGGUAAACGAUGCUGAAAUAUCUAGUGAAAAAAAUGAAGAAACAUUGCCGGAUGUUAUGUCAGAAUUACUUAGGAGAAACAUUUUACAAAGACCAUUUGAUAAUGAUACACAAAACUCAGAUGUAACAACAACAGAUCUGCAAGAAGCUUCACAAUCACAAAUAAUUAGAACACCAGAAAAUUCUAAUGGCAGUGUAAGUUUAUUAAGUAAUAGUUCAAUGGAAAAUUCUACAAGUUCAUCAACAUCCCAAGAGUUUGAAAAAGCGUUACAUAAGCUUGGUAUGAACUGGGCUCUUAACACUUUAAAGAAAACACAAAAGUCGAUAGCUCAUAGUUCAAGUAGUUCCAUUGAAUAUCCAUCUUCAAAAACAAAUUAUUUGACAAAUAAAAUAAUAGCAUUGAAAAAUCUUAACGAACAAACUUUAAAAGAAUUAGAAAAAUCACAUAAGCCAUUAGCUUCUAACAUCACUGUUGAAUCAAGUGUAACUGAAAGUGAUGGAAAAAUUAAAAAAGUUGCACAGAAUACAGAAUGUUAUUAUAAUUAUGAUGGAAAAUCACAAAAAGAAGACAUCAAAGCUUUGGUUAAAAAAGCUCAAAAUCUAUCUCUUGAUAAAGAAUCACUUUUCAGAAGGCUUUUAAGUACCAGUAGAGAUUUAAGUAAUAAUACAGAUAAUUUAACACGAAAUCCAUCUUCUCAAACUAAUCAAAGGACAUCUACACCUGUUUUUAACGAAAAAAAACUAUCCAAUAGCUCUAAAGCAAAUUCGUUAAAUGAGACAUUAUUCAGUGGAAGUAACAUAUCUUCUGUAAAAAGCAAUUCUUCGGACAAUACACAUGACUUCAAUCCAAAAAGAGGUUUUUAA